GCAAUCCACGACCGAAAGCAAAAUGGCUUCCAUACUAGACCAGUACGAGCAAGCCGCCUCUGGUUCAGGAGACAGUUUGAACCCUUUUCUGACUCCUGAUGAUGUCGAGCCGGUCGCUAGUGGCUUCAUUGAAGUGAAAACAGARGAUGAAGUGCCGAUUUUUAGGCGUCAAACGAUAAAUUUUAGACCUCCAAGCAAUAUUGUAGAUAUGGUUGUCUGUAACAACACUGUCGUGGUYGCCCUGACAACYAACUUUAUCAUGAGAAUUGACUUGUUGAAUCCAAGUGAGGUGGACCCUGUUGAGAUUAGUAGAAGAAUGGAUGACACAAUCUACAAGCUGUUCUUGGAUCCUGCAGCCAGACAUCUCUUAAUCUGYAUGAAUUCACAAGAACUCUAYUAUCUUGCCAGGAAUUCAAAGAAACCAAAACCCCUUACAAAGCUAAGGGGCCACCUUAUAAAUGCUGUUGGCUGGAACAAAACAAAACUAACAGAAGCCUCUACACAGACWAUUUUGUUAGGAACUAAAAAAGGGCUGCUCUUUGAGACUGAGCUUGUACCAGAAGAAAAGUUUUUAGACUUGAAAGGUCUUGAACGAUUUUGCAAACAGCUUUACAAUGUAAAUGCAAGUGGUGAGAAAGAGGAGCCAAUUUGUGGAAUAAUGUUUGAGAAAUUUCCUGGUCAAGAAAAGAAGUACCUCAUCAUGGUAGCAACAUUAAGCCGUCUUUAUCAGUUUAUUGGAGAUGUUUCAAAUGGAGAYCCAUUAGACUUCCAACCAAUGUUUGUACAAUAUGAGAAUAGUCCUGCCCCAUUCCAUGAAAUGCCAGGCAAUUUAGAUCAUGGUCAGUUAAGAUUUUUCUAUCCUAAGUUCCGUGGAACMCCAAGCUCAUUUGCAUGGCUUACAGGAAGUGGCGUUUACUAUGGAAAACUAAAAUUUAAUGCUGAUGCUAAGAUUGACAACGUCAUUACAGAGUCCAAGCUUCUUUUAUAUAUGCAAUCUGGGGAUUCAAAAGAACCCACACCACCACUGUCGGUAGGAUUGACUGAAUUCCAUGCAUUACUACUCAACAAAGACAGGUUUGAAGCAGUGUCUUUAUUGAGUGAAGAAACUAUCUUCGAAGAUGCUCUCCCACCAAAGUAUGGGUUGAUGAGAGGAAUGGCUAUUGAUAUGGCUAAAAAGACAGUAUGGACUUAUUCCGAUACCACUAUAUUCCAGUACUAUAUUACCAGAGAAAGCAGAGAUGUCUGGAAGAUGUACUUGAAGAGAGAGGAUUUUGAACGAGCUAAAAUGUAUUGCAAGGAUAACCCUGUCAACUUGGAUAAAGUUCUAACAAAGCAAGCAGAGAGUUUAUUUCAAAAGAAAAAUUAUACAGCUGCUGCCAACUGUUAUGCUCAAACACAGGUUUCAUUUGAAGAAGUUGCAUUGAAGUUUAUYAAAGUUGAAGAAAAGAAAGCACUAAGGAUGUUUCUAAUCAAGAAAAUGGAAUGCUUGGAGCAUAAGGACAAGACACAGAUGACAAUGAUAGUAAUGUGGCUGAUAGAGCUUUAUCUGCACCAUCUGAAUCAUCUAAAAGAGCAAGACAGUAAUAAUGAAUACUUAAAGCUCAUCGAUGAAUUCCGAACAUUUUUAUCUCAAUCGACUGUGAAGGGUUGUCUAGACCAGAACAGGAAGACUGCUUAUGAACUCAUUGCAAGCCAUGGAGACGUUGACAAUUUAGUCUUCUUUGCAAUGCUCAUGGAAGAUUAUGAACAUGUUAUACGUCACCACAUUCAACAUGAUGAUUACCCAGCRGCACUUAAAGUCCUCACAAGACAGGCUGACAUGGAGUUGUACUACAAAUUCUCGCCAGUCCUAAUGCARCACAUUCCAAAACAAACUGUGAGUGCCUGGAUCGAGAAGAAAGGAGCUUUGAAUCCWRARAGACUGAUUCCAUCAUUGGUUCAUUAYCAUACACAAGGGAAGUCAAUCCAGGCAGAAGAAGCUGUYCGUUACUUGGAAUUCUGCAUUGAAAGACUCAAUAAUUCAGACCAAGCCAUUCACAAUUAUCUCCUGUCRUURUAUGUAAAAUUACAUGAUGAUGACUCACUGCUACGCUAUCUACAGCUACAGGGAACAGAUCCUGACAUGAUUUGCUACGACUUGAAAUAUGCCUUACGGCUUUGUUCAGAACAUGAUAAACACAGGGCCUGCGUCCAUAUCUAUAGUACAAUGGGGUUAUAUGAAGAGGCUGUUGACUUAGCGUUAAAGGUUGGUGUUGAGCUGGCAAAGCUUCAAGCAGAAAAACCACAAGAGGAUGAUGAAGUUUUGAGAAAAAAACUUUGGCUUCAAAUUGCCAGACACGUUGUGCAAGAAGACAAAGAUGUCAAAAAGGCUAUGGAGUUUUUAAAUCAAUGUGAACUCUUAAAGAUAGAAGACAUCCUUCCAUUUUUCCAAGAUUUUGUUACCAUAGACCACUUCAAGGAUGCAAUUUGUUCAUCUCUCAAAGAGUACAACCAACACAUACAAAACCUAAAGAAUGAUAUGCAAGAUGCAACAGAAAGUGCAAAACUCAUCAGAACGGAUAUCCAAGAUGUUAGAAAUAGGUGUAGUGUGGUGCCAGCCAAUGAAAAGUGCUCAAUUUGUUCAUAUCCACUUCUUACAAGAAGUUUCUAUUUAUUUCCAUGCCAACACUCCUUUCACACAGACUGUUUACUACAAGAGGUUUCACCCAUGCUAAAAGACAAGCAAAGUACCAAAGCAAACAUACUCUACAAUCAAAUAUACUCCACACCAUCCAUAAGUGAUUCUACCAAGUCUGACCAACCAAGGGAAGCACUAAAGGCUGAACUGGAUGAGAUUGUUGCAUCUGAGUGUGUUUUCUGUGGAGAUCUUAUGAUAAAGACUAUUGAUCAGCCAUUUAUAACAAGCGAUGAAUAUGAGGAAGUACUAAAGACUUGGUCUUGAGAMUUACAAGAACUACAAAUAGCUUGACUACUUGCACUAAAAGCUUGAAAUACUCUAUUGACAGUGUACAAUGCAGUACAACUGUGUUUUCAGAUGAAUAUCUGCAUGUCAUAUGUACAUACACUCUACAUUGCUGAUAAAUUCUGCUUUUUACAUGAAAGGCACUUACUUUAUGGAGUGUUACAUGCUUUUAGUGUUGGUACGUUAUAAAAAAAACAAUUACAUAAAAUUCAACAUUCAAAAUGUUGAAAAUAUAAUAGGCAUUCAAAUAGAAAACAAAAUUGUGUCAGGUUUCAAGAUAGACAUCCUUUUUUGAACCACUUGUUUGCAGAUGUUGGUUUUGCGAAAGGUCAACCUAGAACAUGUACAUAAUAUUACCAAAAUUAUUUCCUUAAAAAAAGAUAAAUCAGAAAUCAUGAUAAUGUAUGUUGGAUUGUUAUGAAUGACGUGAAAAUUGAAUUGAACACCAGCCUACCAUUUUGAUAAAAUAAAGAUAUUAAAUAGA